GCGGCGACCUGUCUGAGCGCCUUGCACGGCUGGAGGGUGAGCACGCGGAGCUGGGCAAGGCACAUGCCAAGCUGGACAAGACGAACGCGGCGCUGGAGCAGCAGCUGGCGGAGUGGAAGGCCCGCGCCACCAGCGUGGAUGCCGAGCGCGGCGACCUGUCUGAGCGCCUUGCACGGCUGGAGGGUGAGCACGCGGAGCUGGGCAAGGCACAUGCCAAGCUGGACAAGACGAACGCGGCGCUGGAGCAGCAGCUGGCGGAGUGGAAGGCCCGCGCCACCAGCGUGGAUGCCGAGCGCGGCGACCUGUCUGAGCGCCUUGCACGGCUGGAGGGUGAGCACGCGAAGCUGGGCAAGGCACAUGCCAAGCUGGACAAGACGAACGCGGCGCUGGAGCAGCAGCUGGCGGAGUGGAAGGCCCGCGCCACCAGCGUGGAUGCCGAGCGCGGCGACCUGUCUGAGCGCCUUGCGCGGCUGGAGGGUGAGCACGCGGAGCUGGGCAAGGCACAUGCCAAGCUGGACAAGACGAACGCGGCGCUGGAGCAGCAGCUGGCGGAGUGGAAGGCCCGCGCCACCAGCGUGGACGCCGAGCGCGGCGACCUGUCUGAGCGCCUUGCGCGGCUGGAGGGUGAGCACGCGAAGCUGGGCAAGGCACAUGCCAAGCUGGACAAGACGAACGCGGCGCUGGAGCAGCAGCUGGCGGAGUGGAAGGCCCGCGCCACCAGCGUGGAUGCCGAGCGCGGCGACCUGUCUGAGCGCCUUGCACGGCUGGAGGGUGAGCACGCGGAGCUGGGCAAGACGAACGCGGCGCUGGAGCAGCAGCUGGCGGAGUGGAAGGCCCGCGCCACCAGCGUGGAUGCCGAGCGCGGCGACCUGUCUGAGCGCCUUGCACGGCUGGAGGGUGAGCACGCGGAGCUGGGCAAGACGAACGCGGCGCUGGAGCAGCAGCUGGCGGAGUGGAAGGCCCGCGCCACCAGCGUGGAUGCCGAGCGCGGCGACCUGUCUGAGCGCCUUGCACGGCUGGAGGGUGAGCACGCGGAGCUGGGCAAGACGAACGCGGCGCUGGAGCAGCAGCUGGCGGAGUGGAAGGCCCGCGCCACCAGCGUGGAUGCCGAGCGCGGCGACCUGUCUGAGCGCCUUGCACGGCUGGAGGGUGAGCACGCGGAGCUGGGCAAGGCACAUGCCAAGCUGGACAAGACGAACGCGGCGCUGGAGCAGCAGCUGGCGGAGUGGAAGGCCCGCGCCACCAGCGUGGAUGCCGAGCGCGGCGACCUGUCUGAGCGCCUUGCACGGCUGGAGGGUGAGCACGCGGAGCUGGGCAAGACGAACGCGGCGCUGGAGCAGCAGCUGGCGGAGUGGAAGGCCCGCGCCACCAGCGUGGAUGCCGAGCGCGGCGACCUGUCUGAGCGCCUUGCACGGCUGGAGGGUGAGCACGCGGAGCUGGGCAAGGCACAUGCCAAGCUGGACAAGACGAACGCGGCGCUGGAGCAGCAGCUGGCGGAGUGGAAGGCCCGCGCCACCAGCGUGGACGCCGAGCGCGGCGACCUGUCUGAGCGCCUUGCACGGCUGGAGGGUGAGCACGCGGAGCUGGGCAAGGCACAUGCCAAGCUGGACAAGACGAACGCGGCGCUGGAGCAGCAGCUGGCGGAGUGGAAGGCCCGCGCCACCAGCGUGGAUGCCGAGCGCGGCGACCUGUCUGAGCGCCUUGCACGGCUGGAGGGUGAGCACGCGGAGCUGGGCAAGACGAACGCGGCGCUGGAGCAGCAGCUGGCGGAGUGGAAGGCCCGCGCCACCAGCGUGGAUGCCGAGCGCGGCGACCUGUCUGAGCGCCUUGCACGGCUGGAGGGUGAGCACGCGGAGCUGGGCAAGACGAACGCGGCGCUGGAGCAGCAGCUGGCGGAGUGGAAGGCCCGCGCCACCAGCGUGGACGCCGAGCGCGGCGACCUGUCUGAGCGCCUUGCACGGCUGGAGGGUGAGCACGCGGAGCUGGGCAAGGCACAUGCCAAGCUGGACAAGACGAACGCGGCGCUGGAGCAGCAGCUGGCGGAGUGGAAGGCCCGCGCCACCAGCGUGGAUGCCGAGCGCGGCGACCUGUCUGAGCGCCUUGCACGGCUGGAGGGUGAGCACGCGGAGCUGGGCAAGGCACAUGCCAAGCUGGACAAGACGAACGCGGCGCUGGAGCAGCAGCUGGCGGAGUGGAAGGCCCGCGCCACCAGCGUGGAUGCCGAGCGCGGCGACCUGUCUGAGCGCCUUGCACGGCUGGAGGGUGAGCACGCGGAGCUGGGCAAGGCACAUGCCAAGCUGGACAAGACGAACGCGGCGCUGGAGCAGCAGCUGGCGGAGUGGAAGGCCCGCGCCACCAGCGUGGAUGCCGAGCGCGGCGACCUGUCUGAGCGCCUUGCACGGCUGGAGGGUGAGCACGCGGAGCUGGGCAAGACGAAUGCGGCGCUGGAGCAGCAGCUGGCGGAGUGGAAGGCCCGCGCCACCAGCGUGGAUGCCCAGCGCGGCGACCUGUAUGAGCACCUUGCACGGCUGGAUGGUGAGCACGCGGAGCUGGACAAGGCACAUGCCAAGCUGGACAAGACGAACGCGGCGCUGGAGCAGCAGCUGGCGGAGUGGAAGGCCCGCGCCACCAGCGUGGAUGCCGAGCGCGGCGACCUGUAUGAGCGCCUUGCACGGCUGGAGGGUGAGCACGCGGAGCUGGGCAAGGCACAUGCCAAGCUGGACAAGACGAACGCGGCGCUGGAGCAGCAGCUGGCGGAGUGGAAGGCCCGCGCCACCAGCGUGGAUGCCGAGCGCGGCGACCUGUCUGAGCGCCUUGCACGGCUGGAGGGUGAGCACGCGGAGCUGGGCAAGGCACAUGCCAAGCUGGACAAGACGAACGCGGCGCUGGAGCAGCAGCUGGCGGAGUGGAAGGCCCGCGCCACCAGCGUGGAUGCCGAGCGCGGCGACCUGUCUGAGCGCCUUGCACGGCUGGAGGGUGAGCACGCGGAGCUGGGCAAGACGAACGCGGCGCUGGAGCAGCAGCUGGCGGAGUGGAAGGCCCGCGCCACCAGCGUGGAUGCCGAGCGCGGCGACCUGUCUGAGCGCCUUGCGCGGCUGGAGGGUGAGCACGCGGAGCUGGGCAAGGCACAUGCCAAGCUGGACAAGACGAACGCGGCGCUGGAGCAGCAGCUGGCGGAGUGGAAGGCCCGCGCCACCAGCGUGGAUGCCGAGCGCGGCGACCUGUCUGAGCGCCUUGCACGGCUGGAGGGUGAGCACGCGGAGCUGGGCAAGGCACAUGCCAAGCUGGACAAGACGAACGCGGCGCUGGAGCAGCAGCUGGCGGAGUGGAAGGCCCGCGCCACCAGCGUGGACGCCGAGCGCGGCGACCUGUCUGAGCGCCUUGCACGGCUGGAGGGUGAGCACGCGGAGCUGGGCAAGGCACAUGCCAAGCUGGACAAGACGAACGCGGCGCUGGAGCAGCAGCUGGCGGAGUGGAAGGCCCGCGCCACCAGCGUGGAUGCCGAGCGCGGCGACCUGUCUGAGCGCCUUGCGCGGCUGGAGGGUGAGCACGCGGAGCUGGGCAAGUCUCAUGCAAAGUUGACGAGGUUGCACACUGAUGUUGAGGAAGAGGUACAGUCGGUAAGGCGGGUGAAGGAGGAAUUGGAGAGGACGGUGGAGGGUUUGCGUGAGAGGGCUGCAUGUGCGGAAUAUGACGUGCAACAACUCUCUCGGGAUGUUUUGAUUGCGCGAACGUGUGCGAAGGAAUGGGAGGGACUGUGUGGUACUUUGUCUUUGCGGUUGGAAGUGCAUCGGGAAGCUCACGCAAGUUAUUCUGUUUUAGCAGGUGAUGGAGAGCUGUUGUCGGCGCGUGGCUUGACUGCUACUCUUACGGUGGCCUCGAAGGCAGCCCCGUUAAGCGCUGCGAAGUACCCGACGACGGCAAGACUGGUGGAGCUUCUGCGCAGUGGCAACUUCAAGGUCGUAUGA